CGAUGCCUGUGUGUCACCGCCGGGGGGCGGCCAUCAACCCUGGAGCAGCUCUAGACCGCGUCAUCUCCCAGGCUGAUCAGGACGACUGUGUGCUCUACAAGCUAGCAGACUACCGCAAAGGUGGACGGCUGUUGGAAGAAUACGCCCGCGGUGGAGGUCGCGAGGUGGAGAAGCUUGUGCUGGAAGAGUUCGGGGUGUUCAUGUACAACGGGGGCCGAGGCAUGGAAGUCACUAGGACGGAGUUCCUCAAGUGGAAGUACAGGAGUGUCCCCAAAGAUCAACUGCUGGUGCAGAUGGAAUCAAAGAGUCCGUUCGACCCUCUGCGUAAGUGGAGUGACCACGAAGCUUGCUGGCGCAUGCAAUACCGCGGGUCGCUGGGAGAGACGCUGCUGCAUGUGCUCAUCAUGUGCGACACGAAGGCUCACACCAGAGUCGCCAAGAUCUUGCUGAAAUGCUUCCCGAAGCUGGCGCUGGAUGUGGUGGAGGGCGAGGAAUACCUUGGUGCUAGCGCCCUACACCUCGCCAUCUCCUACCACAACAACGACCUCGUAACCGUCCUAGUCCGGUGCGGCGCUAACAUCAACCAGCGCGCCAUAGGGAGUUUCUUCCUGCCUGCAGACCAGCAAGUAGAGCGUCCGAAGGGGCCGAGGUUUUCGGACUACGAAGGCCUCGCGUACCUGGGCGAGCUGCCGCUGGCAUGGGCGGCGUGUCUCGGCAAUGAGACGGUGUACAACAAACUUAUUGACUGUGGUGCUGACCCUAACCUGCAGGACGCUUUUGGCAACAUGAUUCUGCACAUGGUGGUCGUUUGCAACCAACUCGGCAUGUUCAGCUACGCCUUACGCCACCCACGCAUGCCAGCACAAGACGGCAUUAUGAACGCUGCUGGCUUGACUCCUCUGACGCUGGCUUGUCGGCUUGCGCGCUCCACCAUCUUCAAGGAGAUGCUUGAGCUCACGUGCAUAGAGUUCUGGCGCUACUCGAACAUCACGUGCAGUGCGUAUCCUCUCAACGCACUGGACACCAUCAAGCCCAGUGGCGAGACAAACUGGAACUCUGCUUUGAUGAUCAUCCUCAAUGGAACCAAAGCCGAGCAUCUUGAUAUGCUCGAGGGAGGCAUCAUCCAGCGCCUGCUCGAGGAGAAGUGGAAGACUUUUGCUCGAAACCAAUUUCUGAAGCGUUUGGUCAUCAUGCUGCUGCAGCUGGUGACUCUGAGCACGACCAUCUACCUGCGGCCCUGCUACUGCAUCCCUGUGUCUGUGACGCUCGACUCGCCGGAGAUGUACGAGCAUCUGUACGAGGAAUUCUUCGCGGUGGACUCGACCAACAUCGUACGUUAUUGCUUCGAGGCGCUCACGCUCGUCGGGGUCAUAUGGUACACCUUCGUGCAGCAGGGCGAGGAGAUCAAGAAUCAAGGACUUAAGUCCUUCAUGAAGGGCCUGGCUGGUGACGCUCCGAAGUUCAUCUUCCUGGUCUCGAACUUCUUGCUGCUGGCCUGCGUGCCGUGCAGGAUCGCCUACUACCUCGCCGUGCGCCACGAACCUUCGGCGCGGGUCUGGGAGGACGGGCUGCUGGCGUACGCCUGUGCCGGGUCCUGGUUCAUGAUGAUGUUCUUCGCGGGGGCGCUAAAACUAACAGGACCUUUCGUAGUGAUGAUCUACAAGAUGAUCUCUGGCGACAUGUUCACCUUCUCCAUCAUCUACGGCAUCAUGCUGCUGGGCUUCACUCAGGCCUUCUAUUUCUUGUACAAGCGAAGCGUCAUACCUGACAAAGACAGCAAGUUUGUCACAUAUGGCACCACGUGGAUGGCGCUCUUCCAUAUGACCCUGGGGGACUAUGAUUACGGAGCAAUGAGUCAAAACAUCUACAGCGCCCUGACAAAGUUCGUGUUCCUGGUGUUCACCAUCAUGUUACCCAUCAUGUUGCUGAACAUGCUGAUCGCCAUGAUGGGUAACACUUACUCCACCGUCAUCUCCAUGUCAGAAAAGGAGUGGGUCAAAGCUUGGGCCAAGAUCGUGAUCGCCCUGGAGCGAGCUGUACCCCAGGCGAAGGCUAAGGAGUUCCUGUACGUGUACAGCGUGCCUCUAGGGGGAGGGGGUGAGGAAGACGGGGGUGAGGAGAACCUUGGUGUUAUGGUCAUCAAAUGCAAGGACAAGACUAAGGCCAAGCAGAGGAAAGGCGCCUUAUCCAACUGGAAGCGCGUCGGCAAAGUAACAAUAAAAGAAUUAAAGCGUCGGGGCGUCACGGGAGAGUAUCUGCGUCGGGAGAUGUGGGGGCUCUGUAGUGCGCAGUCUACGCCUCUGCAUGGGAUCAAAAAGAAAGGUGGCGUUGGCGCGUACAACGUCAAAGCCGGGGUUACCACCAACCUGGAAGACGUCCUCUAUGGCGAGGAUGAAGACUCGGACUUUGAUGCUGAUGCCAACGAUGGCUUCGGUGCCCUCACGGGGGCCAUUGAUCAACUGGCUUUCACCAAUGACCUGGACUUCUCUGGUGACGGCAUUGACGAAGAUCCUUUGAAGCCCAUGCGGCCUGAACAGAUGACGGCGCAGAACCUCAAGCUGAAACAUCAGCAAGAAAUUUCCGGCGCGGCAAAGAAUAAAAAGAAUGGCUUGGACAAUCAGGCAUUCCUCAGGGAUGAAGAUAUCCUCAUCGCAGCUGAAGCAGCCGCAGCCGAUGAUGAAGAUUCAGAUGAUCCUGAUAGCGUCAAGAAGGCAAAGAAACGAAAGCAGGACCUUGGCAAAACAGGGGUGGGACAAAGUGGUCCUUUAGUUAUUUCUGGCGCAGGGCAACAAAUCCCCCAGCAUCCAGGAUCAGCCGGUUAUUCGGCGCCGGGAAACUAUACUGGCAAUAUUGGUCAGCCGGGGCCUUACGCAUCGUAUCCUGGGGGAACGAAUGCCUAUCAAAACCAAGCUAAUUUCAAUGGACAACCCAACGUAAUGAACGGAACAGUGUCCUCUGCCUACGGUUGUUCCCCAGGAGCAAACACUCGACCUGGAGGAUAUCCGCCGCCUCAGAUGGCACCUGCCUAUCCUAACGGUCAUGUUGGCCAGCAUUCUAUGCAGGUUGGAGGAUCAGCCAGUAAUGCAGGUGUGUGUAGCCAGAACAUCUCCCUGCCUCAGCCCGGUAAUUCGAAUCAGGGUGCUAUGCAAGGACAAAUGUAUCAACCUCCUGGGCCGGUACCCAACCAAUACGGGCAAGCUAAUGGUUACGUGUGCAAUGGGUACCCAGGUCAGCCUUUACCAGGUGGAGCUUGUCCCCAACAGGGGAACCUUGCUGGACCAGGUUCUUCAAAUGCUCCCGGGCUGCAAGGGCCUCUUGGCAAACUUCCUCCUAUAGGUCAAGCUAAGAGAUCUCGUCCCAUCUCUGCGCGAAUAAAGAGGUUGGGAUCUGCACAAAAAAAUAAGCCAAAUUUGGAUAAAACUUUGAAACAUCUGGAACCUAUUUCGUCGGGAGCAAAGCUUCUGGGCCCUGCACGUGAAGGAGCUUUUGGACACCGUCCAGGAAUGCCCUGUCUGCCAGUUUCUCCCCCUAAUAAAAUGACGGAGGUGGAAGCACCAAAACCCACUGGAAACAAUGAAGCACAAGUAAUGUCAACAGGAAGUACUUCAACAAUAUCUUCUAAAAAUGAGGAUACCUCGAAUAUGCCAGAGAAUAAUGAGAUGCAUGAGUUGUCUAAAGCAUCCCCGAAAUGUGAUCAAUUACAGCAAACAAAACACUCAGUUGAGAGCAGCGAGUCGUCCAAGUCCGGGACCAUUGCUGCAUCACCGAAAAGUAAUAAAAGUUCGAAACGAUGUUCUCUUGACUCUCCUCAAGCUUCAAACGAAAUCCCCGACGAGGCUUUAAAACCUAACGAAGCUGAAAGCAAUGAUGAACAAUGGGCUGAGAAAAAGAAUAAGAAACUCAAGAAAAAUAAAGUAAGCCCACUGUCUGAAGAAGGAGUCUCAGACGGGCAUGUAACGCAGGAUGAUACCGAUAUUGGGCUAGUUUCUGGGACAGAAGAGGAUGGCGAAGUUCUUCAGAAGAAACGGGAGCGACCUAAAACUUGCGUCGCUGCAAAACGUGAGCAAAAAUUUAGUUCUGAAAGCGUCGAGAACAUGAACGAAAUAUUGCCGUGGACUGCAGAAGAGGGAGACAUCAAACCGGACGACGAGUGAUUGAAAGAUGGAAUUAAAUCUUGCUCGAAGUAUCGAAAAUAUAUCGAGACGCCAUUUUAUUUUUGUAAGGAAAUUGAAUGGAACUUUUCGGUUUGGAAGAGAACUUUAAUUUUCAAAGAAUGUAUUUCAAAAGCAGAGAAAUAUUUUCACGCAGAUAAAAAAUUAACAUUUUUACAGAAUGAGAGGCUACUUGAAUCAAUUAAAACUGGUGCCUUGUUGAAAAAUUGUUGCCGUAUGUUUCAGAGUGAAAUUUAAAUGCGAGUAAAAAGUAAAAUAAAGCUAAUUUGAAGUUCAAAGCAGCUCACGCGAAUUUCCAAUAAAAGCAAAUGGAAUCUUCUCAAUUAUGCGAAUCAAAUCUAAUCUCAGCAGU